CGACCCGGUAGCUGACCCUGACAAGCGAUUAAUGCCCACCAAGGACGACCGGACGGAGACGAACGCGACGGAGACGGCCCCAGCGCCGCUCGCGCGCAUGCCCAAUGCGCAUGAGCGCGGUGAAGACGACUCCGAUGCGCGCGUGCGCAAGCGACACAAGCCCGCCAGCGCAAACUCACCAGGUAUGCGCCUCACGACUCAACGAGCCUCAACAUGCCGCGCGCGGACCCGCUAGCAAGAGCCGGUUGCUUGUGGAUGGGAUAUAUCACGCACAGACGCAUUCGGGUACGGCGAGGGCCAGCUCGCCGCAUACCGACACGGCAUGCCCAAGACCCAACUCAGCGAACAGGACCGCGAUGAACGUCUGCCAGGCACGCUGGUACGUGCACUCGCGCAGCACAUACAUAAGGGCUUACCGAGCAAUCGCAGCCAUCUACAUCGACCCCGCUCACUCGUAUGCUCGGGCACUUGGGCACCCACCUGCUUUCGCUCACCCGCUCACCCGCCCACUCAUCCACUCGGCCACUUGCCAGCCCACGCGACCACCUGCCAGCCCACGCGACCGUGACAAACCGGCGAGGUCAAUGAACCCCUCGCGUCAUGCGUGCGCUGGCGGAUGUCCAUCCGCCUCCGCCAUACAGGCGCUCGCCAUGUGCCCGCCGUGCGCAAACACGCCCACAAGCCUGGUCUGUCGCGCCAACAACCGCUCUCGACGCGUACGAGGACACGAGCGCAUCACCGGCAGCCUGCCACAUGGUCGUUUGUGGUGCCCACACACGACGAGCAGCAUCCGCUGCUGCCCAUCAUGGCCCAUUACUGCCCUGCCUGUCUGCGUGCUCGCCCAUGCACUUGCCGGUCUGCACACGCUCGCCCAUCCGCUCGCUCAUGCACCUGCCCGCUCGCACAGCACCUGCACCCCUGUCCGGCACACCCGCCCCCUCGCCUGCUCGCCCGCCGUGAGCCUACCGCCUGCCCUCACUGUUAGCAAUUUCGCGGAUCAUCCGAGUCAUACUCACGCCAUAGCAUGCUGAUUUGGGACCAACAUCACUAAAAUACAUUAGGCUACUUCAUUACGGUAUCUACUUGUACCCGUCGACGCGAAAAUGUGUACACGGCUUAAUGCGCUUCGCUGCAUAUCACGAAACAGUUGGUCAGACUACUAGUAAGAAACAUUGUGAUCAGUGACAAUAGGGCAGUAAUAACGGUUUACAAUCAGUCAGUAGACUAUAUAAUGCGAAUCUAAUCAGCUCGUUAUCGGCGUCAUUGUUUGGUCAGUCCAGCUCCGCGGAGUCCACGUGGACAAGUCCA